GCUGUGGUAUAAUGAUUUAGGUUUGAUGUUAGGAGAAAAAAAUAUGAUUUAAGUUUAGUAGCACUUUAAGCAAUUUGGAAAACAUUUAGUUAAUAUAUUACAAUAAAAGUUCUGGGUUGCUCAAUGAAAAUGAAGUGGACACUAAUCCUCCUCCUUGGUAGCUCCUUGGCUGUAACUACUUUGGGCUGGACAUAUAAUGUUUCACUUGAAAUCAUGAACUGGACCGAGGCCCGACAGUACUGCCAGACCCAUUACACAGACAUGGUGGUCAUCCAAAGCCAGGAAGAGAAUGACUAUCUGGUGUCCCUACUGCCAAACAGAAGUGGGAGUCCAUAUUAUUGGAUUGGAAUCACCAAAAAUCACAAGAAUGAAACUUGGACCUGGGUUGGGAAUAACAGCACAUGGUUCGGUAAUGAUUCAUGGGCAGAAAACGAGCCCAACAACAACCACAGCACAGAGUUUUGUGUGGAGAUCUACGUCAACAGCGGAAAAAACCGAGGGAAGUGGAAUGAUGAGAAAUGCUCCCAAAGAAAAUUCUCUGUUUGUUAUAAAGCCCAAUGUAAUGCAACGUCAUGUGACAGAGGAAUAUGCCGGGAGACCAUAGAAAACAUAACCUGCCACUGUGAACCUGGCUUUAAAGGAGACAGGUGCCAAACAGCUGUGGAAUGCCCACAUCUGCCUAAGCCUGAUAACGGAGACUUUAGCUGCUCGGGAGGAAACCAGACAUUUAAGUCAACCUGUCAACUGAAAUGCCACCUAGGAUUCCUGCUGAUAGGCUCGCCGGCUGUUACCUGUGGGGCCAAUGGACUCUGGAGUGGCCCAAGACCUAUUUGUACAAGUUAUAAACAAGCUCUGUUGGCUGUGGCUGGGUGUGGAGCAUUCUCAGCCCUCUGCUGCAUCUGUUUUUGUUGGAUGAAGCACAGAAAAAGAAAGAAACUUACUCAAGUAAGGCAGCCUGAAGAAGUGACAUGUCCAUCCAGUGAGGUGCAUGGAUGAAGGACAACUGGAACCUCAAUUAUGUGUUAUUAAAAUAGGUCUAUAAUGACCCACAUGCAAU